UUUCUGUACGUGACAAAUGCUGUUAAAUGACAUUAAUUUUGAUCUUUAUGUUCAGAAUACGUACAAUUGCAUGUUCUGUUUUAAAUUUACUAAUUAUGAAGAGAAUGGAUGAAGCAACUAUCGCAUCAGUAUUAUCUUCUACAUCCUUUUCACCAUGUUCACCUAAUGAAAUAGCUAUACGUUCAGGAGAUUGUGUUGAAGGUGGAGUCGAAGAAUGGUUGGAAGAUGAAGCGUUACCAGGAUUUCGAGUUUGGCAACUUGCUGGCAUAAUUCUUUCUAUUUUACUUAGUGUACUCAUUGGACUUUGCUGUUGUUUUCGAUUCAGAGUACCACGGACUAAACAAGAAAUAGAAGCUGAUUAUAUUAGGAAGAAGAUAACAAAAAACUUUAGACAUGAAUUAUCUAAAAUUAGUAAUGUGGAGAUGGAUGAUAUGGAUUUGAGAAAAGCAUUGCAUAAAAUUCAAAACAAGUUUGAGAUGGAAACUCAUGAAGUUCAGAAGAAUCAAGAAACAACCUACCAAAAUGUACAUGGAUUGCGAUCAAGAUUCAGUGCAAUGUUUAACAGGAUUCACUUUGCUAAAGAUGGGCAUACUAAAAUUGAUGCUAUAAUAUAAUAAAUUUACAGGGAUAAAAUUAACUACAACAUAUUCAAUUGCAAAUAAUUAAGUUGUGUGUGAUACAAUAGAAUUAAAGAAAUAGUAUGUUAGAAAAGAAUGAGUAAAUUCUACGCAGUAUCAAUUGACUAAAUAUAAUCUUUAUUUCAUGAUUAUAAUACAGAAAUCAAGUUACCUUACAUGCAACAAUAAUCUAUAGCAAAAGAUAAUACAUUUUGGAAAGCACUUAAUGGGACUAUGAUGUAUAUUACCUACCACAUUAUGAUUUAUUCAUUUAUAUAAUUAGCCGGUUAGUACUGUUAAAAGUGCAGACUUUUUACUAUUAUUGAAUUUUUAUAAAUCAUAUCCAAUGUAAGAGUUCAAUAUUGUUGAAAAGAAGAAUAAAAUUAUAGUACAAACUUUA